AUAUAAAAAAAGCGUUGGGGUUUUAGGUGCGCUCUCCUGGCGGCCCGGGGCCCUUGACCCUCAAGGAGGUGGAGGAGUUGGAACAGCUGACCCAGCAGCUGAUGCAGGACAUGGAGCAUCCUCAGAGGCAGAGUGUGCCGGUGAAUGAGUCCUGUGGCCGAUGCAAUCAGCCACUGCCCCGUGCCCAGCCUGCAGUCCGUGCACUGGGACAGCUGUUCCACAUCAGCUGCUUCACGUGCCAACAGUGUCAGCAGCAGCUGCAGGGAGGGCAGUUCUACAGCCUGGAAGGGACGCCCUAUUGUGAGGGCUGCUAUACCGAGACCCUGGAGAAGUGUAACACCUGUGGGCAGCCCAUCACUGACCGGAUGCUGAGGGCCACUGGCAAAGCCUACCAUCCACAGUGUUUCACCUGUGUGGUCUGUGCCUGUCCCCUGGAGGGCACCUCUUUCAUUAUGGACCAGAGGAACCAACCCCACUGUGUCUCUGACUAUCACAAGCAAUAUGCUCCAAGGUGCUCCGUCUGCUCGGAGCCCAUCACGCCUGAGCCUGGCCGUGAAGAAACUGUACGAGUGGUCGCUCUGGACAAGAACUUCCAUAUGAAGUGUUACAAGUGUGAGGACUGCGGGAAGCCCCUGUCCAUCGAGGCAGAUGACAACGGCUGUUUCCCUCUGGAUGGCCACGUCCUUUGUCGGAAGUGCCACACUGCUAGAGUCCAGACCUGAGUUGAGGAUGGGCCUCCUUCCAGAGCACAGGUCCACUCCCCACCAUGGACCACCCACACUGAGACCAACCCUUGCCUCUACCCUCCCUGCAUUCCGAACCCUUCCCCAGGAUCUCAAGUGCCCUGACCCAGGGCCUCCGCAUGGCCUAGAGGUGCUGAGGCGCAGCCCUGGGCUCCACCCCUUGCCUCUCCUGCAGGGACUGCCCAUCCUCCCGAGGUCCCCAACCCAAGGGUCACAUUUAGCGCCGCUGCUUUCACUGCGCCACGGAUGCCCUUGGCUGGCCUGAGCAGCCUAUGCAAUGUGCUUGCUGAGGGUGGGAGGAGCCCUCACCCUCCAGGAGCCUGGCUCCAGCAGCCCGGACACCCACCUUGCCCUGUGCUGCUAGGUUGUGGCCACAGCUAAAAUUAUAAAACCUCAUUUUCCAGAA